GGAAGUGAACGCGCCCUGUUGUCGGAGAUUUGCGCAUGCGCUAGUAACUUCUCGCGCGCUCCGUCGAGUGGGCUGAGGUGGUGGACACGGGAGCGCGUGGGGGCAGAAUGAGCACGAGCUCCGUCUCCAAGGGCUGCUUUGUGUUUAAACCAAGUUCCAAGAAGAGAAGGAUCUCUUCAUCAACAGCUGACUAUUUUAGUGAAGGUAAAAAUGAUUCAGAGGACAGCAGUCUUCGAUUUGCUACUUGUCAGUUGUUAUGGAAGCAGAUCAAUUCUGAAACAGAGAAAAUACAAGAAGAACUCAAUAAACAAUUAUUUGAUAACCUAAUAAGUUUUCUGAGACAAUCUUACUCUGAAUUCCAAACAAAGAAGACAGAAUGGAUGUGUCAGAUGAAAUCCAGUGAAAUUCCUACUGCAGCUCUUGUCCUAGGUGUAAAUGUUACAGAUCAUGACGUGACUUUUAAAAGUCUCUCAGAGGUUCUUCAGGAUAAUGUUACUCCUUAUGUAGUCUCACUGCAAGCCAAAGAAUGCCCAGGCAUAAAACAUCUGCUUCAGAAACUGAUGGGACAGCUAAUGGACUGCUGUGUAGAUGUAGACUCAUUUGAAGAGGAGGAAUGUGUUAACAUUUCCCAGAAAAAGAUACGCUGCUCAAUGGCUUCUCUUUCCAAAUGGUACGAGAGUGUAACAAAGAAAACAGGUUCUGAAACUCCAAGCAAAAAAAUAACUUCCUCUUCCAGGCACUGGCAAUCUCCUCCAAUUGUGGUUAUCUUCAAGGACAUGGAAAGUUUCACAACGAAAGUACUUCAGGACUUCAUAGUUAUCAGCAGUCAGCACAUACAUGAAUUCCCUCUUGUACUCAUUUUUGGAAUUGCCACGUCUCCAAUGAUCAUCCACAGGUUACUUCCUCACUCUGUUUCUUCUCUGCUGUGUAUAGAGCUUUUCCAGUCUCUUUCCUGCAAGGAGCACCUGGCUACAGUAAUUGACAAGCUACUUCUGACAACUCAGUUUCCCUUUAAACUAAGUGAGAAAGUGUUGCAAGUCCUAAUCAACAUAUUUUUGUACCAUGAUUUCUCUGUCCAGAACUUUAUCAAAGGAUUUCAGCUGUCUGUUGUGGAGCAUUUCUAUUCCCAGCCCCUCAGUGUGUUGUGCUGCCAGCUCCUGGAAGCUAAGAAGAGAGUAAAUUCUUUAUCUCACAAUCAGUGUGAAAACAUUCGAAGCCUGCCAUCUUUUAGAAGAUAUGUGGAAAGUCAAGUCUCAGAAAAACAAAUUGCACUUCUGACUGAAGACAGUUUUUUAAAGGAGGUAACACAGACAUUACUGGAAGACUUGCAUAUUUACCAUGAAAAUUAUUUCACAGUUCUGAGAUGUCUUCAUGUUUUCACAACUUCCCUUCCAAAGUACCCUUUGGGCAAACAGAUCAGAGAGCUGCACUGUGCAUGUUUGGGAAAGAGUGUGUGGGAAACAGAAGAAUAUGGGUCAACUGUUCAGUUACUAAGGAUGUUGGCUAAGGAUGAGUUGGUGGCCAUACUUCAAAAAUGUGUGGAGAUUUUUAUAUCGUCUCCUGGAAAACAGUUUAGCAACACGGUAGAAAAACUGGAGGAAUUCCUGGCACGAUUUCAAAAUCUGGAAGUAGCAGAAACCAAUGAGGUACAAGAUGUGUCUGUGUCGUCACAAAAGGAACUCCAGAAGAAGACAGAUCUCUAUCACCUUCAGAAGACUUUGCUGGAGUUGAAAGAAUCAAAAAGAUCUAAGAAACUAACUAAGUUUGAAUUGCUCCGGUUCGAAGUGGUUGACUUUAUAGACAGCCUGGUAAGAAGUUACCUUGCUCCUGCAGAGAUGCAGACCCUGAACGAAGUGGUGUAUUUCAACACAGCUAACACCCUCCGUGAGCAUUUGAAUGCUGCCCCACGGAUUGCUCUUCACACAGCUCUGAACAACCCUUAUUGCUACCUGAAAAAUCCAACUUUGAAAAGCGACGUCGGAUGCAUUUCUAAUACUGCUCCUGACAUAUGCAUAGUGUAUAAACUUCAUUUGGAGUGCGGCAGAUUAAUAAAUCUUGUUGACUGGUUAGAGGCCUUUUCAACUGUGGUAACAGCGGUUGAAGGAACAGACCCAGAUUCAAUGGCCACAGACCAGGUGGAUGAAAUUAUCCACGCUCGUUUUAUUAGAGCUGUUUCAGAACUGGAACUUUUAGGGUUCAUAAAACCUAGCAAACAGAAAACAGAUCAUGUGGCAAGGCUGACAUGGGGAGGCUGUUAAAUGAUAGAACAAGUCAAGAAAGAGUAACCAAUGUAUGCAUGCCGCCUAUGAAAAUUCAUUAUGGCCUAAGGGGGACAAUGUAGCCCUUGGGACAAAUUAAUCCUUUAUGUAACUCUACUGAUGUUAAAGGAGUUAAACUAAGGAUAAAUUUGACCUCUUAUGAACUAUAUUCUAAUUGCCAACAAAAUAUUACCUCUUUUCUAUAUGUUUGUAUGGACAAGGAGUUAGCUUUAGUACAUGAUUUAAUAUUCACUUAAACUUGCAAAGUUCUGACCACUGUUCUGUACCAGCUUUCAUCUUCUGUGAUGUAUGGUAUGGUUUAGGCUAGGAGGCUGGAAUGAGAUCAUGUUGAAUUUUCUUUUAAUGUGUAAUCCUGAAUGUAAUUUGCUCACAAUCUGGAUUUAAAUGCUCAUGUUAUGAAAUGUUCUCCAGAUACUGCAUAUUUUCAAAAAAUCUUUCUGCUGAGAUUUUAAACAAGCCUCUGUAACCCUAACCCACUGAGAACUCCCCUUGUGGUGUGCAGUACCAGCAACUCUGAGUGGAACUAUUUGACGAUCCUGGUGAUGGUACCCUGGGAAGACUUGUCUACAAACAGAAGAAAACCGGGUUUCUGUAUUAGAAAAUGAAGGAAAAGUGUUCCCAAAGGGACAAAAACCAUUGUUACAAUCCAAUUUGAUAACAUAGCUGGACACUAAAUAAGACUAUUUCAAAAAUACUCCUUUAGCUAGCCUACAUUAAUCAGAUUUCAUUAUCCACCUAGGAGAAAUGAGAACAUUGCACAAUUGAGUGCUGAAGGAAGGUAAUAAAAUACCCAUUUAAAGUACAAGGUCAUCAUUUCUCAUCUUCCCCACCCCCCACGAGAUUUUUGUUCAUUGUGCAGUGGGACAAGUAAGGGAAACAGCUGUGUGGGAAUAAUGUAACCGUUGACAUGAUUUCAUAACUGACAGCUAUUCAGCCACUGCUAUUAGGUGAUGGGUGGAACAUUCCAAACCAUUUGUGCCCUAUGCAAGGAAUGAAAUAAGUUUAAUCAGGGCUAUCCUAGCCUAGUGAAGUGUAGACAUUAAGACAGAACCACUCCAGAUCACAAACUGAGCGAUUGUAAAUUGUUUGUAAAGUGCCAUCAGUCUAGAAGUACAAUGUGGAAGCCUAAAAUAAGGCUACACUGUUUCUCAGCAUUAAAAAUCUGCAAUACAGGUUUGUCCUGAUAUAA